GAGCCAUACGCGUGGGCUUCUUGUUCUUUUGUUGUUUUGUCCUCAUACAUUCUUCCGCUUGCCUGUUCUUUGCAGUCGCUCUUACGAGUAUUAUUUUAUUCAGUUACAUCUGUGCGAAUCUUCAGGAGCCAACGAGCCAUGGCUAGCAUUGGGGAAGAAAAUCAGAAGAAGCGCAAGCUCACUGAUGUUGAGGAGAUCGAGAUCGACAUCUCUGCCCCCGAACCUCCAUCAAAAAAAGCAUUGCGGAAAGCAAAGAAGGCAGCAACUGCGAAACCCUCUGAGUCCACGACAGAGACCGAAGGGGUGGCUGCAGUCGAGAAACCCACUGCUGCCCCCUCGAAGCGUUCAGAGUACGGUGUCUGGAUCGGCAAUCUCGCUUUUUCCGUGACCAAGGAUGAUUUGCGUACCUUCUUCACGAGCAAUUGUUCCUUUGCGGAGACAACCAUUACGCGCAUACAUAUGCCUAAGGGCGCCGAAAAAUCUGGAAAAUCUCAGAACAAAGGCUUCGCUUAUGUUGACUUCUCCACCCAGAAGGCUGCGGAGGAGGCAAUUGGCCUUAGCGAACAGCUCCUUACGGGUCGUCGCGUGCUAAUCAAGGAUGCAAAGAGCUUUGCUGGAAGGCCAGAUAAACCCAAGGAAGACGGUCAAAAAGCGGGCUCUGCAGCAUCCGGUCAUCCUCCCUCGAAGCGCAUAUUCGUCGGCAAUCUCAGCUUUGACACCACCAAAGAAGCUAUUGAAGAGCAUUUCGCGCCAUGCGGUGUUGUGGCUAAUGUACAUGUGGCAACCUUCCAGGACUCCGGCAAAUGCAAGGGUUACGCUUGGGUAGUGUUUGAGGAUCUUGCAGCAGCUGAAGCAGCGGUGAAGGGCUAUGUGUUAGUGAAGGAGGAUGAUGAGGAGGAAGAUGAGUCCGAGUCCGACUCUGAGAAGCGCAAAAAGCCUCAGAAGCCCCGGCAGAGGAAAGUCUGGGUGAAUUUCCUUCUUGGAAGGCGCUUGCGUAUGGAGUUCGCCGAAGACGCUACUACUCGCUAUAAGAAACGGUUCGGAAAAGAUGGCGAGGGCAAGAAGAAUAACAGCUCAGAGACCGUUGAUGCAGAGUCCGGAGAUUUUGAAGCCACCGAAGAGCAACCUCGCCAAGCGCGACCUCCCAGAACCAAGCAGGCGAAGCCCGAAUAUACCAGAUACGAUCAGGACACAGUGCAGAAGCUUAGUGGUGCCAUUGUCGAAUCACAGGGCAAGAAGACCACCUUCGAUUAAUGGUGAUCAUUAACCAGUGAGAGCAAGCAAGUACCCAGAGAGUGAGGGCUGGAUCUUCUUAGGCCGAAGGACAAUCUUGGAGCAGUUUCCUAGCCCUCGGAAUGCACGAAAGAUUGUGGAUGGUUUGAGCCUUGCAUGAGCAAAAACCCAUGGUUGCUUUCUCUGAAAAGCACGGAAAAGGAGGUGUACUGCUGACUCCAUCCACCAAACUGAUAUCCACCGUGCUCACUGGUAUGCAUCAGUUACCAUGUAUGUAUAUACUCAAUAGAGGGGAAGGAUGUGGAUUGGACCAAAAAAAUUGAUUGCAGGAAGACGGUAGUUAUACCCCUACGA